CGUUACCAUGCACGGAAUUCCAAAUCAUCGCCGGGCUAUAUUCGUACUUAUAGGGGUCGUGUGGACGCUGAGGCUGCGUCCCUUGCCUUACUUUCUUCCGCACAUCUCUACCGCCAAGAUCAAUCCGCCGUCGAGAUGAAGUCGCUCUCAGUCGUUCUCGCGCUCGUCGCGCAAGCCCAAGCCGGCCUUCGAUUUGGUUGCUCAACCUUGACCAUCCAGCGUCUGGACCCCGUCGUCGAGUCGGGUAAGUCCCCUUCCGCGCACCUACACCACAUCGUCGGCGGCAAUGCCUUCAACGCCAGCAUGACCGGCGAUGUUGGUGAGAGGGGUACCUGCACCACCUGCGAGAUGUCGGAGGACUUCUCCAACUACUGGACGGCCGUGCUGUACUUCAAGCACCCGACCAACGGCUCCUACCACCGCGUCCCUGUAAAAGCCAACGCCGCCCUCGCGCCCGGAACCACGGGCGGAAUGACUAUCUACUAUACCCAGCACGAUUUCACCACGGAUGACCUGCAGAACCAACCCAUCACGGCUUUCCCUCCGGGAUUCCGUAUGACCGUGGGCAGCCCGACCACGGAGACUUUGGACCAGGCCAAGGGCCACAUUGGUCUACGCUACAACUGCCUGCAGAGCCUGAUCAACCGAGGACCGGAGAUGCCCGACUUCCCCACCACGCCUUGCCCUGCCGGUAUCUUCACAGUCCACCACUUCCCCGCAUGCUGGGAUGGCAAGAACCUCGACAGCCCCGACCACCAGUCGCACAUGUACAACACCAUCAAGUACGAUGGCUUCACGAACGCUCCCCCGUGCCCGGCUUCCCACCCUGUUCGCAUGCCCCAGGUCACUUACGAGACCGUCUGGGACACGACCAAGUUCAACAGCAUGUGGCCCUCAGGGACGCCCAACCCGUUCGUGUGGUCAUUCGAGGGCAGCAGCGGCUACGGUACCCACGCCGACUACAUGUUCGGCUGGAAGGGCGACUCGCUCCAGCGCGCCAUGAACAAGUCCGAGUGCUUCUACGACGGCUGCGGCUCCAUCACCAAGCAGGCCAUGUCGACCGCCAACCAGUGCACCGUCAAGGAUUUCAUUGGCGAGGAGACCGAUGGAUGGCUUGACCAUCUUCCGGGCAUGGAGAUGUAGAGUAGAUUAGAGGAGUAAAGGUUCCGGAGAGGGGAAUGUGACGAAUCCUCUUCGUGACAGAAUCUGCAAGACUGUUCAUUGAUGUUAAGGGGGUGCUAUGUAGUGGUUAGCUUGACCCAUAGCUCGCAACUAUCUAGACACAGCAAUUUCUAUCAGAUUACCAGACACCUAUUACAAACCGUAGGACUCGUGUGCGGGAUGUGAUCAUGUUCUCACACCCCCAAUUGUGAAUAGGAUAGA